AAUGUCUUCAAGCUUGUCUGUGUCCUCCUUUCAGUCUCUGUGCUGUGCCUGCUGCCACAGGCAGUUCUGGCCCGCUGGGCCUGUGUUCGGGCCUGCCCCCCGUCCUGCAGCUGCACCGCCGAGAGGAGCUGCAGCGUGCUCUGCGACCGCUCGGGCAUGGCCGAACUGCCCAAAGAGUUUCCCUGCGAGGCUUCGGCCAUCAACCUGGAGAAGAACAGGCUGAAGUUCCUGUCUGAACGGGCCUUUGGGACCCUGCCCUCCCUGAAGAUCCUCACCCUGGACCACAACAACAUCUCCUUCAUCACUCCGGGAGCCUUCAAGGGCCUCUCCAACUUGGUGGAGCUGAAAAUGGCGCACAAUGAGUACAUCAGCUACCUGCACACGCGGACGUUCACCGGGCUGAAGAAGCUGCUGCGGCUGGACCUGUCGGACUGCAACCUGUUCAGCAUCCCCGACCGCAUCUUCAUCGAGCAGACGGCACUGAAGGAGCUGCUGUGCUUUCAGAACAACUUCAGGAGGAUCCCGGGAGCCAUCAGAGGCAUGGAGAACCUGACCCACAUCUACCUGGAGAGGAACAAGAUUGAAGCGGUGGCCUACAACUCCCUGCUGGGCUUGGGGAGUCUUAAGUACCUGAACCUCCAGGAGAACCGGAUCAACGUCAUCCACGACAACGCCUUCCAGGACCUCAUCCGCCUGGAGAACUUUUACCUCAACGACAACCUGCUGUCGGAUCUGCCCAGGUCCGCCUUCAGAGGCCUCAGCCGCCUCAAGAUGCUGAACCUGGGGGGGAACCAGCUGGUCAACGUGUCCAAGACCUGGUUCAGCGACCUGGUUGAGCUGGAGGUUCUGUACCUGGACAGGAACCAGCUGCUGAACAUUGAGGAGGGCACCUUUGAGAACCUGACCAGCCUGAUCACCCUCCACCUGAACAGCAACAACCUGACCACCCUCCCCUUCAGCGUCUUCCAGCCCAUCUACUUCCUGGGCCACCUGUACCUGUUCAGGAACCCCUGGGAGUGCGACUGCUCCCUGGAGUGGCUGAAGGAGUGGAUGGAGAACUACAAGCUGGUCCGGGACAUCCCCUGCGCCUCGCCGUCCUCUGUGGCGGGGCUGGACCUGAGCAGGGUGGUCUUUGCCAACAUGAACGGGACUUGUGUGGACCCCACAGACCUGAACUUGACCACGCCCUCCUCGGAGUUCAUCCCCACCACCGAGAACCGCUUCAACAGCCUCAUCUCCAAGCUGCUCCAGCAGGAGCUGCGGGAGGAGAUGGGCAACAGCACGGAGAGCCUUCGGAACGGGACGCUGCUGGAGUCGGAGGAGGGGCAGCUCUCCGCGGGGGCGGGGGGUCAGAGGAGCCAGCUGCUGCUCUGCUGUGCCGUGGUCUGGAUCAGCCUCUCAGACGUCUUUUCCUGCACAUGAGAGCGGCUCUGAACAUGGAGUGGAGUUUUGAGGGGAUGUUCCAGGCAGCGCUGAACUGUCUGUCUGUCACACAAAUGCAGCACGAGUUCCAGCAGUGCUGGAUUCAGGUGGAAGGCCUCCUCCUUCACCACCACAGGCUCAUUUUGUCGUAUUCAUACUCACUCGCUGCAUUCAUGUGUAAAACUGAAGGAGAUGAGAGAACAGACCUUUCCUCUCCGCGCUUCGUUCUGCUCUAAAUAUCUGCAGCUUUUCCAUAAAUGCAUUAAUCUUCUUACGGCGUGCAGCUCGGUGUCACUGCUGCCUGUGUUUGAGGCUUUGGGCUCGUGUGGACGUCCUGUUCUGGAGCACGAACCAGUUGGUGGACUGAGGAGAGAGAAGACCUUCAGCUAAAACCAGGGGUGCAACUACUACAGUCUUAAAAAAAGUCACAGGAGCAAAAAAUGUCUCAUCAAGAAGAAGAAAACCAUAUAUAAGUCGCACUUUUAGGAGAAAAAUGUGACGUUUCAGAACAAAUCUGCCAAGUUCAGCGAAGCUAAAAA